ACACAUCUCAGCUUUUGGAGGAAUUAAGAAAAGAUUCCAUUUGGCGACAUUAUUAUAUGAAUUCUAAUUGCAUAGGCGGAGUUCUACAUCUCCGGCUACUACUCUUCUCUACUUCUCAUCGCAUCCUCGCCGCCCAUCCGAAGAUCUCCGCCUCACGCCGCCUAUCAACGGCCACCAUGGGCUCUCGUUCUCAGCUUCCAUCUCCGCCGUUGGCCGAGAAAGUGAAGCACGAGAUGGAGUUGUUCGGGGACGUUAGAGUUGACAAUUACUACUGGCUUCGCGAUGACUCUCGCAAGAACCCUAAAGUCAUCUCUUAUCUUCAACAAGAGAACGCCUAUACCGAGGCCAUGAUGUCCGGAACCAAAAAAUUUGAAGAUGAAAUUUAUGCUGAGAUUAGAGGUCGAAUCAAAGAGGAUGAUAUAUCUGCUCCUCUUCGGAAAGGACCCUAUUAUUAUUAUUCAAGGACUUUGGAAGGAAAGGAAUAUGUUCAAUAUUGCAGGCGUCCCAUUCCUAAUCGCGAUGCUCCAUCUUCUGUUCACGAUACUAUGCCCACUGGGCCUGAUGCUCCGCCCGAGCAUGUAAUCUUGGAUGAGAAUGUUAAGGCUCAAGAACAUGGUUUUUACAGGAUUGGUGCUUUUAAGGUCAGUCCAAAUCAUAAGAUGGUUGCAUACGCUGAAGACACUAAAGGAGAUGAAAUUUAUACUGUCUAUGUGAUUGAUGCAGAGACUCAAGCUCCAAUAGGGAAACCACUAGUAGGUGUAACGUCAAAUCUUGAAUGGGCUGGUAAUGAUGCUUUGGUUUACAUUACAAUGGAUGAGAUCCUUCGGCCAGAUAAGGCAUGGUUACAUAAGUUGGGAGCAGACCAAUCCAAUGACUCAUGCCUUUACCACGAGAAGGAUGACAUGUUUUCCCUUGGUCUUGAAGCCUCUGAGAGUGAGAAAUUUUUGUUUAUUGCAUCUGAAAGCAAAAUUACAAGAUUUGUCUUUUAUCUUGAGGUUUCUAAGCUGGAAGAAGGCCUUAAGGUUUUGACGCCUCGUAUAAUUGGCAUUGAUACCUCUGUUAGUCAUCGUGGAAACCACUUCUUUAUCCAGAGGAGAAGUGAUGAGUUUUUCAAUUCAGAACUACUAGCUUGUCCAGUGGAUAAUACAUCUGCAACAACAGUUCUUAUUCCUCACAGGGCAAGUGUAAAGAUUCAGUAUAUUAAACUUUUUAGUGAUCAUCUUGCUGUCUCUGAGCGUGAAGAAGGUUUGCCCAAAAUUACUGUUUACCAUCUUCCGGAAGUUGAAGAGCCACUCAUAAAUCUUGAAGGGGGUAAAUCAGUUCAAUUUAUUGACCCUGUAUACUCAGUUGAUCUAUCAGUAUCACAGUUUUCCUCCACCAUUUUGCGGUUUUCUUAUAGCUCAUUGAGGAUGCCUAAUUCUGUCUACGACUAUGACAUGAAUACUGGGGAGUCUGUUUUGAAGAAGAUUGAAACUGUUUUGGGAGGCUUUGAUGCAUCUAAUUAUGUCACCAAAAGGAAAUGGGCUACUGCUUCAGAUGGCACUGAAAUUCCCAUAUCAAUUGUGUACCAAAAGAAUCUUGUCAAGCUUGAUGGAUCUGACCCGAUGUUGCUUUAUGGAUAUGGUUCAUAUGAGAUAUGUAUAGAUCCAGACUUUGAGGCAUCAAGGCUGUCUUUAUUAGAUCGUGGGUUUAUCUUUGCAAUAGCUCAUAUUCGUGGAGGUGGUGAAAUGGGGAGGCAAUGGUAUGAGAAUGGGAAAUUUUUAAAGAAGAAGAAUACUUUCACAGAUUUUAUCUCUUGUGCCGAGUAUUUAAUUGAACAGAAGUACUGUUCAAAGGAAAAAUUGUGCAUAGAGGGAAGAAGUGCAGGUGGAUUGCUUAUUGGUGCAGUUCUUAACAUGAGGCCUGAUUUGUGGAAGGCUGCUGUCGCUGGAGUGCCUUUUGUAGAUGUCCUGACUACAAUGCUUGACCCUACUAUCCCUCUUACAACUUCAGAGUGGGAGGAAUGGGGUGACCCUCGAAAGGAAGAGUUUUACUUCUAUAUGAAGUCGUAUUCCCCUGUUGAUAAUGUGAAGGCUCAAAAUUAUCCGGAUAUUCUCGUUACAGCUGGCUUACAUGAUCCGCGUGUUAUGUACUCAGAACCUGCAAAGUUUGUAGCUAAACUAAGGGAUAUGAAAACGGACGAUAACAUGCUGUUGUUCAAGUGUGAACUUGGUGCCGGCCAUUUUUCAAAGUCCGGAAGAUUUGAGAGGCUUCAAGAAGAUGCCAUGACAUAUACUUUUAUGCUGAAAGCUCUGAAUAUGAUUCCCGCCUCUGGGUCCGCGUAAAAUCCGAUAAAUUCAAGAGGUAAUGCCAAUUAGAUAAUCUAUAUGCUUUGGCUUGGAAUUUCUGCCAUGGUGGUGGUUGAAGUUUUUGGGGUUUCUACAGUGCAAACUUUGCACAAGUGAUGAUUGCUUUUAGAGUCGAUAUUCACUUGUUUCCUUACAAUCUUAAUUUUCAUUACCCCAUUGUUUUUAGUCAUUGUUGGGGAAAAUGUUGUGCCUUUUGUUGGUAAACAUUACCCAGGCAUUGUUUGAAUCUAAUCAAAUUGAACUCCCAACUUUAGCAGAGUA